UUUCUCCUCAGCGCAGUCGAUCGACUCACUUCAUCCGCCUCCUGCUUCCUACUUCCCCGCUGAAGAUCCACUGUCCACCGGACCAGCCUGCACCACGACCCGGGACCACUCGUCUACCUCUUCUCUCGAGCCUGCGCUGCGGGGAUCUGUUUGAAAUCCUCCGGCUGCUCCAAACCAGAAGUGCAAACCACAGGAAUCUAACUGAGUGUGUGUGUUUGUGUCUGUGGGUGUGUGUGAGUCUGUGUGAGUGUGUGUGUGUGUGAGGCCUCCGCAUCUCUCAGCAUGUAUCAGGCGGUGAGGAAGCUGUUUUUCACGGACUGUCACUGUGCAGAUGAGUCGAGCACGUACGAGACGCUGUUCUCCAAACUGGACACAAACAAAGAUGGGAAGGUGGAUGUGUCCGAGCUGAAGGCAGGACUGGCCGCUAUGGGCAUCCAGACCGGGAAGGGAGCAGCCCAGAAAAUAAUUUCUUCAGGAGACAAAGACAAAGAUGAAGGGCUCGACUUCAGCGAGUUCUCCAAGUACCUAAAGGAUCACGAGAAGAAGUUACGGCUGACCUUCAAGAGCUUGGACAAAAACAACGAUGGUCGAAUUGACUUCAUGGAGAUUAAACAGUCUCUGGCUGAUCUGGGGAUGGAUGUCAGCAAAGUGGAAGCAGAGAAGAUCCUCCAAAGUAUAGACGUGGAUGGCACCAUGACUGUGGACUGGAACGAGUGGAGGGAGCACUUCCUGUUUAACCCAGCCACCAACCUGCAGGAGAUUGUCCGCUACUGGAAGCACUCCACGGUGCUGGACAUUGGGGACAGUCUCACCAUCCCAGACGAGUUCACAGAGGAGGAGAAGACGACUGGGAUUUGGUGGAGGCAGCUGGCGGCAGGAGCCAUGGCGGGCGCUGUGUCCCGGACAGGAACUGCCCCGCUGGACAGAAUGAAGGUCUUCAUGCAGGUGCAUUCUUCUAAGAGCAAUAAAAUCAGCCUGGUCGGUGGUUUCAAGCAAAUGUUGAAGGAGGGCGGCCUGACGUCUCUGUGGAGAGGAAACGGAAUCAACGUCCUGAAGAUCGCUCCGGAGACGGCCAUUAAAUUCAUGGCCUACGAGCAGUUUAAGAAGAUGCUGUCCAGUGAACCAGGGAAGGUCAAGACCCACGAGAGGUUCAUGGCUGGAUCGCUGGCCGGAGCCACGGCCCAAACGGUCAUCUACCCCAUGGAGGUGAUGAAGACCCGUCUGACGCUGAGGAAGACCGGACAGUACUCAUCGAUGUUUGACUGUGCCAAAAAGAUCGCCAGGAAAGAGGGACUGAAGGCGUUUUACAAGGGCUACGUCCCUAAUAUUAUUGGCAUCAUUCCCUAUGCUGGAAUCGACCUGGCGGUGUACGAGAGCUUGAAGAACUUCUGGCUGUCCCGCUACGCCAAAGACUCGGCCAACCCGGGGAUUCUGGUGCUGCUCGGCUGUGGAACCUUAUCCAGCACGUGUGGCCAGCUGGCCAGCUACCCUCUGGCUCUGAUCCGCACCCGGAUGCAGGCACAAGCCUCUAUUGAGGGUGCCGAGCAGCUGCCGAUGAACCUCAUGGUGAAGAGGAUUUUGGAGAGGGAGGGCUUCUUUGGACUUUACCGCGGCAUCCUGCCCAAUUUCAUGAAGGUGAUCCCGGCCGUCAGCAUCAGCUACGUGGUGUACGAGUACAUGCGGGACGGCCUGGGGAUUCAGAAGUAGGCAACCGAGUCAACUGUGACGAGCGGAGGGAAAAAGGACGGGCGACCAUUUAGUUCUUUCAUACGUUUCCCUUCUUACAUACGAGGGACACUCACUUGUUUACCUGUAGGUCGUCGUCUGGAGAGAAGUUUUAAAGUGAUUCCUGAACUGUGCUAAACUAAACUACGUUGUUUGGAAGAACCUGCAGCAGCCGCUCAGAGCUGAUGAUAAUUAAUAAUCACCCCCUGGUGGCUGGCCGCAGUUUAUGCAAUAAACCCGGCGUCCUCCACGUUAGCAGAUUGGACACGGGCCAAAAUUAUACAACAAUUUUUUCUCUAAGAUGGCCGUUUUCAGGAAAGAACUCCAGAAAAGGUCUGCUAUGUUGGGUGCGGACAUUCUCCGGAGUUAUCACUAAUUCAUCAACUAUGGCUUCAUUUCUGGAUGGUGGGGGGGAAGUGGAGACGUGUCUACCAUCAUUGUUUACACUCGACACUCUCGUUGUGGACUUAUUUAACAUCCGAGCAACAAAAUGUGGAUAUUUUUCUAAGCACAGACACUUGCAGAGAUUUAUUUAGUUUGCCCUUUGGUUUAUUUGUUGGUUUGAGUAGAUUAGUCAAUUAAGUCAUUUUAAGCAUGGGUCGUGUUGUCACUUGUUCCUUUAGCGUUUGACCAAAAAGCACCUUAUCGCACCGUCCUUCCUCCUAAUGGGAAACACAAUGUUCUCACUGUCUGUUCUCUGGGAUCAGUGAAAGUGGUCUGACCAAAUGUUAGAAAGCUUCAUUUACGUUCAGUAAAUUCGUCCGGAUUUUAACACAAAGCCGUUUUUUACACAUUGGACGCCUCGCUCUCAUGUUUGAGAAAAGACACUUCUUCAUGGAUUUCACUCUGAGUGUCAGCCUCCAUUUUACAGGAGAAUAUUGUUUAGACCUUUUUAUUUCGUUUGGUAAACGGGGAGUAGAGAUGUGCCUUAUGAGAUGAUUCCCUGACAUCUGUGAACGUCUCCACCCUCACACCGUCUUGCCUUUCUUUCCCCAUAUUUGGUGAAUUUGACGAUGGUGUUUACAGU